UAUAUAUACAGAGGAGGAGAGUCUGGAUACACUCACUCUGCAACCAUGACUUCCCCUGUGAUGUGGAUCCUGUCCGCUCUCCUGUGCCUGGCCUCUGCAGAUCAAGAAGAUUCUCGUAUGUACCAAAGGGAGAUCGAACUUUCCUUUCCAAUAGAGCAAAGAGAAGUUGAACUUCCUCUCCUGAUCCGGGGUGAACCAGUAUUGUCACCACGUGGCAGAAGGCCCGGACCAUCCAUAAACAACAACUUGAAAGAUUUCCCUCCAGGCAAACCCAGUAGAGCCAAUAUCGGCAAUAUCUGCAGGAAGACCCGGCCAAUCAUUUCCUAUGGUGCUGAGAACCUUCCCCGUUCAGGGUUCUCUCACCUCAGCAGACAAGGGCACGCCAUUAACAACGUGGAGGAGGAAUACGCCAGGUGCUGCCGUCAGUCUGAGAAACUGACCUGUGCACUGAAAGCAUGGGAAAAUGCCCUUGACGAUUUCUGCACAGAUGAAUUUUCAGUAAAGACCCGUCACUUCCACUGCUGCAAGAAGACUGGUGUAGAAAGGGAGACCUGCUUCACCGACGAGGCCCCAAACCCCAACUACAGCAGCUCUGCGCCCUCGCUGGAGAUCGGCAGUGCAGACCUCCAAUCUGUGCCCAUGCCACGCAGCCUGAGACCUUGCUCUCCUAGCUCACCCACGUGCCUAAAUAACCCAGAAAGCAAAUUCAGGAUUUCAGACCUGGCCUUCCCACCCGGAGAACCCAAAGCCAGCAACAUCCAGAACCUGUGCAAGCUAAGGAAAUAUCGCCCUCUGUACUCCGACACCGAAAUGCCCAAAAGUGGCUUCGGGCACUACGUACGGCGGGCUAAAGCCAUCAACAACAUGGAGAAUGCACUCAGAAAGUGCUGCAAAUCUGAAGAUGUGACCUGUGCGCAUACCGGGUGGCAGCAGACUCUGUCCAAGUUUUGCGAAAAAGAGCUGGAAGUGAAGACCAAGCAUCACGAUUGUUGUAAGAAGAACGACCAAGAAAGUAUGUUCCGCUGUUUUGCCAGUGAGGCCCCAUUCCCAGAAUAUGACAAAGAGGUGGAAAGCCUGAACCUCAGCAAUAUCACAGACGGCAUCCUGGAGAAGAUCUGCUCAGAGUGCAAGCUCCUCACUAAACAGAAACAGUUGCCCCUUCUGGUGUCAGGUCUGAAAGAUUCCUGCUGUAUCCUUCCCCAGGACAAGAGACUGACAUGUGCACAAGAGCAGAAAGAAACAUUCAUAAAAACUCUGUGCGGCCCCAAGAUGGACUCUUGGAAGGACAAUCGGAACUGCUGCGGCAAGGAUGAGCUGGAGAGGGGGGAAUGUUUCAACGUCUACCUGCAGAACGUCACCAUGGCCAUCUCACAUAGAAUACAGAGCGUAAAGGUGGAGUAGGACAAUAUCGGCUCAUCUGCAGCUGACGACGUGCCCAUGCGGAUAGCGGUCCCGCACCCAGACCCACAUGGAGGAAUCUAAUCCAUCAAAUCUCAUUGGAUGAUGUCCCUGUGUAAUAUAUGUCAUGAAUCUCCAUUUUAUCCUGGGAAAUUUUAUGUACCAUGGGGGAAGCGGGUCCAUUCUUCAGAACCCUUACACAGAGGCCUGUAUGUAGUCUGCUACUGCUUGCAGUACGCCAAGUCACCAUUGUAUAGAAUACAUAACCAUGGAGUUACCAGCCGUUGCAUUGGUAUUUAUGUGGCUCCUAGACACAUCUCUUCUAUAGGUAGCGGUAUCAAUGGCAUGGCUGGUGAUGAGAGGGAAGGGAGGCUUAUGCAAGAUGGUGGGGCUAGACCAUCAGUAGUGCCAGCCUUAUAAAUGCUUGUGCCCAGAUGCUCACUUGUAUAUCAUAUACAGCCUUCUUUAGAUUCCAUGAGUUUUUGUCUAGGCAUGCAACCUACACC